AAUCGAUGAAUUAAGGUAAAAACACAAAGCAAAACACAUAUAACUCUCCAUUUUCAAAAUUCAAAAUCCUCAAAAAAAUCAAAAGUCUAUUACCUAAAAAUAGCUGAUCAUCAAUAUUUUGCACAAUUCCCAUAAAAAAAUUAGUUGAACUUUCAAUGGAAUUCCAACAGAUUUUAGUCACUGAAGAGUCCCAACACACACAAAUUCCAAAACAAGAACAAAAAAGCUCAAAAAAGAGACUAAAACUGGCAGAAAAACCAGCGAUUGUGCAGAUAGACGACGAUUUUGAUGAGUUUCCUGGGUUUUUUUACACACCCAACUCGAAUAAAGGUAACAAUAUCAAGUCUCCAAUCUCUGUUGAACACUACAGUAAAAAAAUUGACCUCAAACCCAACAAAAAUAAACUCCAUUUUAUUGAUCUCAAUCAAGAUUAUUGCUUUAUAGAUGAUAUUGAUGAUUAUGAUGAAAAUGAUGAUCUUAGAAUACUAAAUUUCACACCUUUAUCCACUACCCAGAUCAAAAAAAACAAAAACAAGAGAAUUUUCACCAAUUCAAUGACUGAAAAGGGCCAAUCUUCAAAAACCAACAAAACCCCUGAAUUUACCUGUGAAAUUUGUGUUGAAACCAAGUUUCAAACUGAGUCAUUCUCCAUACAAGGUUGUACUCAUGCUUACUGUAAUGACUGUACAGCCAAGUAUAUAGCUUCAAAGUUAGAAGAAAAUGUGAGCACUAUUAGUUGUCCUGUGUCGGGCUGUUCGGGUUUUUUAGAGCUCGAGUAUUGCCAUAAAAUUCUCGGUUCUGAUGUGUUUGAUAGAUGGGGUAGUGCUUUAUGUGAGGCUUUGAUUGUUGGGUCUCAGAAAUUUUAUUGUCCUUAUAAGGAUUGUUCUUUGAUGUUGAUUAAUGAUGAGGAAGGGGAAGUUAUAAGGGAAUCGGAGUGUCCGAAUUGUCGGAGAUUGUUUUGUGCGGUUUGUAAGGUUCCUUGGCAUUCGGGGAUUGAUUGUGAUAAGUUUCAGACGUUGCAUAAGGAUGAAAGGGAGAUGGAAGAUAUAAUGUUGUUGCAGUUAGCUGAGAAUAAACAAUGGAGGAGAUGUCCUGCCUGUAAGAUUUAUGUGGAGAAGACACAAGGUUGUAAUUACAUGAAAUGCAGGUGUGGAGCUUCUUUCUGCUAUCGGUGUGGAACUACUAAUAUUAAUAUCCAGCAGCAUUACUGUUUAGUAUGCAAAGGAUAAUUCUUCAACAUUAUAUAGUUCUAAUUCUAAAUAUAUGCUAUUUUGCUUUCUUGUUAGAUCAUGAAAGUAAGUUUUAUUUUUGAAAAUAAACAUAAAAUUAAGUUAAGAAACGCAUAUUAUUCUUAUGUUAAUAUUUUGCUUAAUUUAUUUGCUUUUUUUUUGUUCUAUCAA